GUUUAUUUCUUUUAUUUCCAUGCUGCGACAAGGACCCGUGUGACGUAGGAGCACGCGACGGGAGCGUCUGUGCUUUUUCUUUAUGAUGGGCUGGUGCCCACUCCAGAGGGUACCCUGACUGGUGUUGUGCCCCGGGUUUUCUGGAUAGGCUCCAGACCAUUGCAGCCCACACUUGAACAAGGGAUAUGGGCCAAUGGUCACUCUGGCCCUGUUCCCUUCCUGAGAUCCUCUCCACAAGCAGCGUUAACACUAAGCAGUAUUUAGGCUCUUGGUACUUCAUUGCUGCGGUUGGCGUGAGGGAGUCUGACGUGGCCAUGUACAAGUCCAUGGACAAUACCGUCGCUCUCCUGCAGGAGGCCAUAGAUGCCAACACACUCCUACUCAUGGGCGCCAUCCGAGUUGAAGACUAUUGCUUAAAGAAAAACUGGACAUACCACAUUCGCCAAGGCAGAAAAGAUCUGGAACUUGAGGGCAGGCCGGAGAGACACAGCUGGGUGUGGAGUGGACAGUGGCUCAACUGCACUGACUGCAUCCUCUUCCAGGAACUGGAGCCAGAGUUGGAGGGAAACACUCCUUUGAACAGAGUCUUGCUUUAUGCUCGCAAUACUUCUGUCAGCACUGAGCUGGUCAGAGAUUUUCAGGCGAAGACAUCCUGCCUUGGAAUGAAAAACUUUCUUAUCAUGCCCCAAGAAAGAGAAUAUUGUCAACUCGAUGGAGCAGCUUAAAUCUCAAUUCCUGGUUCUACAGAAUGAAACCAGAAAGUGAAGAAGAAACUGCAGCAACGAUGUGACCUUAUCAGAAAUCUAAGAAAGCAAAGAAUUUAAAUAUGCAUAUUAAUGUUAAUAAAAAAUUAAUAAUUCUGAACAGCUCAGACUGUUAAUUGUGUAAAAAAAAUUGUCCCAGCACACUAGCUUGAAAGGCUGUUUCUCUUAUUACAUGUUAGAUUCUAGUGUACAAGACAUGUAUUGUUUAUGACAACGCGAUACAUGAAAGUGCACUUAAGUGUUUCAAUGCCCUGUCCUAAACUGACCCACUUUUAAACAUUUUAACUAUAUUGGGCUGUUUUUUGAUAUCCUUAAAGUAUUUUAAAAAUCAUGUGUACAGUUGCUCCCUGACUUAUGACCUUAAUUGGGACCGUGAGUUGGAUUGUUAUUCAAAAAGUUCGUAAGUCCAGUAUAACAUGGAGCGGCUGAGAGGCUUGUGAUCAACUCUAUAUGCAGUAGUAUUUUACUAAUAUUCACGGUUCAGUUUAUUGUCAAUCCACACUUAAGGUCUAAUUCUAACCUUAACCAUAACCUCGAGAGUACAGAUGCACAAGAAAACCAAAAUACAGUUCCCCUGGUCCAGUGGGCAGCAAUACACAAGACAGACAGCAUAACAUCACAGAAUAACAUAGAAGAGCAAGAAGGGCAUCCAAAUGGUAACAGUAAAAGUACACAGGUAUAUAGGUCUAGAUAUAUAAGUAAGAAUGGCUUAAUAAUAGAUUGAAUGUAUACUGUAGGUACAGACAUGUCAGAAUGAGACGGAAAAUUAACAACAGGGAUAUGUUCUGAGAAAUGUGUCAUUAAGUAAUUUCGUUGUUGUGCAAACAUACAGUGUACUUAUACAAACCAAGAUGGCAUAGCCUCGAUGCAGUCAAGAGAUGCAGAAACACGAGAUUUGACGCUGCUGCCGGCAUAACACAGCAUACUGUUUUACAGUAAAUUUUUUUACCAGGUUGAAAGAGUACACUGUAAAAUAACAAUGAAAAGU